AUGGCCAGGUCUCCUGGUCCCCAGAGGCGGGGGCCGGCGCGGGGCCCAGUGCACCCCCACCCCAGCGCUCCGAAGCCCAAAAGUAACAAGGUGGAAAGUGCCCAGGGCCCUGUCCGCUCCCCCCUGGCGCUCAGCCCCGGCCCCGGGCCUCCGAGCCAGGGACAGCUUAUCGGGCAGUGUCCUCCUCCCGUGUCACUGCCCGCGCCUCCGCUGUCCGCUCCGCCCAGCCUCUCCCGCGCCCCCCGCACCCCGAGCCUGCGCCCACCACCCCCAGGCCCUCUCGAGGGGGCUGCAGGCCCCGGGCACCCCAGGGCUGGGUACCCCUCCCGCCGCCUGCUCUGCGGGACUCUGCCCGGGCCCAGCCCGUGCCCGGCGCCCAGCAGCCAGGUGUCCACGGUGUCCACCGUCCCCCUGGGGCUCACGAGGCAGCCCGAGGUGCCCGCCCAGCGUCUCCCUGCUCCCCGUGGCGCCAGGGGGCGAAAGAUGGGCUCGGGGGCUCCUGUGCUGUUCGUCGCCCCCUGGGCGGUGCUCAAGGGUCUGUUUGAGAACAUCCAGUGCUGGACCCGCAACGACCACAUGGGCGUCUGGUGGAUCGUGCGCGCCCCGGUCUUCAUGGCCAUCCUGAUCAACUUCUUCGUCUUCGUCCGCACCCUCCGCAUCCUGGUGGCCAAGCUGCGCGCGCGCCAGAUGCAGCACUCGGACUACAAGCUCCGGCUGGCCAAGUCCACACUGACCCUCAUCCCCCUGCUGGGGGUCCACGAGGUGGUGUUCGCCUUCGUGACGGAUGAGCACGCGCAGGGCGCCCUGCGCUCGGCCAAGCUCUUCUUCGACCUCUUCUUCAGCUCCUUCCAGGGCCUGCUGGUGGCAGUUCUGUACUGUUUCCUCAACAAGGAGGUGCAGUCGGAACUACUGCGGCGCUGGCACCGGCGGCGCCUGGGAUGGGUCCUGCGGGAGCAGCGCCCUGCCAGCCUCGUGGCCCCCGCCCAGGCCCCUGGCAAGAAGCUGCUGCUGUCAGGGGGUGACCAGAACCGCCCUUCAGAGACCUGCCGGGCCGGCUGCAGCCCCAGGCUGGCCGAGUGCCCCUUCUGAAGCCCCUGGCGCCCAGAGGCAGUGCACACUGUCCAGGACUGGACGCCUGAACCCAGAGUGCUGGGGGCACCCCUCCCCUGCCAGCCCGGGGGCGUGGGAGCGGCUCUGUGGGUGCAAUGUGUGUCCUCAAUAAAGA